CUUUCAGAUAAUAGCUAGGAGUGAGGUCCAAACAGGCAAAGAGGCCAAGGGCUGGCUUGACUUCCAGAAGACAGUCCUUGAUACUCCACAGGCCCUGAGCUGUGUAUAAUUCUGUCCCCACAUUUAUUCAGAACAAAGAGUGGUCCAGGUGCCUUUCCUGGUCCUGCCCAGCCAGCAUCACCAGGAACAGCUAUUUCUCCCUGCUUCUUAUAGCUCCAGGGGUCAGCAGGGAAGGCGCACAAUUAAGAACUCUGAGAGGCAACCCAUGGAGCCGUAAUUGGGAUUCCCGCUCUGCUUCCCUUUCCCAGCUGCUGGAGCAGCGGGUCGAAGAGGAGGUUGGGGUAGGGCCCGGGGCUAUUCGCUAUUCGCAUCUCUCAGUGAAAUCCUGGCUAUUAGCGACCCGGGGGAGGAGGAACUAGGGGGAGAGUAGGAAAUAGGGUUCUGGGCGCGUAAAAGCGCAGCUCAUUCCCCCCGGAGAGCGAGCCCCCCACCCCCCACAUCGCGGCAGGCCCCAAUCCGCUGUGGCCAGCGGAGCUUGGCAUUGAAGGAGGGACGUGGGGGAGGCGGGAGUGAAGAGCGUGCACGUGGUCCAGCCUUCUCAGCCCCGUGCAUGCCCCCCGCCCCCUGUGAGGAGGGGUUUGGGGAGGUGGAGGCGGGCCCGGGCAGGGGCGGGCGGUGGGCGGUGCAGAACGUGGGGCGCCUGCCUGCGGCGGGAGCUGUCCCCGAGACCUAGUGCUGAAGUAGGCGCAGACGUGCCUGGGUGCCCGGCGCGUGGUACCCGGCGCCCGGGCCAGCGAAGACCAUGGCGUUCAUGGUGAAGACCAUGGUGGGCGGCCAGCUGAAGAACCUCACUGGGAGCCUAGGGGGCGGCGAGGACAAGGGGGACGGGGACAAGUCGGCCGCCGAAGCGCAGGGCAUGAGCCGAGAGGAGUAUGAAGAGUAUCAGAAGCAACUGGUGGAAGAGAAGAUGGAGCGGGAUGCACAGUUCACUCAGAGGAAGGCAGAACGGGCCACGCUGCGGAGCCACUUUCGAGACAAAUACCGGCUGCCCAAGAACGAGACAGAUGAGAGCCAGAUCCAGAUGGCAGGUGGAGAUGUGGAGCUGCCCCGGGAGCUGGCCAAGAUGAUUGAGGAGGACACAGAGGAGGAGGAGGAGAGGGCCUCGGUCCUUGGGCAGCUGGCCAGCCUCCCUGGCCUGGACCUUGGCUCACUCAAGGACAAGGCCCAGACCACACUGGGGGACCUCAAGCAAUCAGCUGAGAAGUGCCACGUCAUGUGACUACAUCCCCUGGGGUUGCCCACUGGGGUGACCAGAGGGCUGGGCCCACAUAAGCACUAAGAGCAUGUCUCACAUUCCAGGGUCCCAUAUCCCAUCUUGGCUUUUUUCCCUGCCUCACACCAGCCCCUUCUCAUCCAUGGCUCCAGUCUGCCUUCCACACUCUCUCUCUCCACUGGGAGAAAAGUCCCCAUUCCUUGCCCUACCCUUCAGGACCCGCCCUCCCUACUCUGCCUGGGGAAGCCUCCUAAGAUUGUAAGAAUAGGCCUGACCCUCUCUGGCCAUGGUCCAAAGUUUCUGCACACAGGAGCACCUGUAGAGGAAUACACAGAGGGACACAGAAACCCUGGAAGGUGUAGAGGCAUAUGCCACAGAUGCAUCCUGGCACACACAGACGCAAACACAGGCCAGCUCCUGAGUGCCUAUCCCCUCUAGACAUCAACACUCAGAUAUGCUUAGAGGGGGCUUUAGGCAGAUACCCUCAGCAGGCAGGAGGCCUAAAUACAAGUCUCCACAUUUAUUCUCCUCAAAACCCACUGCCCUUUCUGGGUCUCAUUUCAUCAUCUAUAAAAUGGGGAUGGACUGGGUGAUUUCUAAGACUUUCUAACUUGGCCCUCUCUGGCCCCUUGGAGUCAAACCCACACUCCUCCUUGGGCAAGGCAGAAGCUGCAGCCAUGGCCUCAAGUGGCUGCCACUGUGGGCUCUGGCUCUUGGAAGCUGAGCAAUGCUAUGUGAGGGGGCCUACUGCCAAGGAUGAAGCUGGCACUGAACAGUAGCCCAGGCAGCUCCAGGCCUUCUCUGGGCCUAGGGCCCAGCCAAUUUCUGUUCUGUUCCUGUAGUUCUCUCUCUGGAUUCCAUAGCUGGAUUUUCUCUCUCAACUCAGUGAAAAAUAAAAAUUCCAAAUGA